AUGACAUUCUACAUGAAGGGAACAGCUUAUAAAUACACAAACACUAUCAACAGCUCGGAGGAACGAGUGCUCAUCAUUUCUGCAACAAUCUCACUGCAACGUCUCCGCCUGAUUUCUCGCAUCUGGGCCAAAGUGGUACCCUACUUCCUCUUCGAUGUCGUACGCCUGCAGACGCCGGGCAUGGCACGAAGACUCCUGGAAGACUGGCAAGGCUCCAUUCUGAGCUCGGCCGAUUCCCCUUUGCGAGUACUCUCAAUGGAACACUUGGUAUGUCACAAACCCGCGGAUUCGGAAGUCUUCGUGCCGGAGAGUGUGCGAGCAUUUGUGAGUAUGCCGAUCGAUACAGGGGCAAAAGUUAUCAACACCUUUGGUAUAAAUAUCACUAGCUUAAGUUUGAUAUUUGGAAAUUGCAUGAUGGUAUCAACGGACAUGAUAGAUGCAGUAAAAAACAUACACUGUCUCACUAAACUUACUUUAAUCAGAAGAUAUGACUGGCCAAGGAAACUAAACUCCGACUCAGCUUCGAUUGGGGACUUACUGACUGUCACUCCCGCGUUGGAAUCUUUGUCCCUUUCACUACCAUACUUGGAAUCUCACUUCUUACUUCCGGGGAGCCUGCCGUGUCUGAAGCAUCUUUGGUUCAAAUACCACACAAGCAGUCGAGAAGCUAUUACUCAGAUCAGUCAUACGACAAAAAGGACACUUAGGACAAUUGAAUACAACUCUGCCGACCCUGUUGAGGACGCGCCGAGUGGGAUACUGCGCGAAGCACGAAACAGCCUAGAAUGCCUUUGUAUUGACGCAAUUGCCAUCAACCUGCCGCCGAGCACUUGGUGCUUUCAAACGCUCAGAACAAUUGUUACAAAAUACUCAACAGGACAUGACUACUGGAUGGAUGUGUUACGUUUGAUUCCAGAUGGCCACUUUCCAAGACCAAACAACUUCAAACACAUUGUAUUCACUAGCUGCCGAGGUAGAAAUCUCCUCAACGACGAGAUGGUUUGUGCCUUUGAUAAGUAUGACAUACAAUGUCAUUUCAUGGCCGAGCUGGAGUACGACGAAAUCCUGCAAUUGAAUUCCGAGCUGAACGGACCAAUGCAAGCUGUCCCCGAGGACGGGUUAAUGACUUGA